UUAUUGCAGUUGUUGCCAUUCAUUGUAUCAGUAUUAUAUUAUAAUUAAAUAUUAAAUAGUCUAAUCGUAAGUAGAUCAUGUAACAUUGGAUGCGUAAAUUAGGCUAAAUAUUUUAGUAGUAAAAACGUGCCACAAGACUGCGUAUCUUUUAAAUUCAACGCACAAUUGUAGAAAUGAAUCCAAUUUAUUCAAUUAUAGCAUUAAUUUACUGCUUUUACAACUCAGUUCCUGUCGUUGAAUCAGUAGAUGUAAAAAUAUUUUUUGAAGCUUUAUGCCCAGAUAGCAGACAUUUUAUAAUUAAUCAGCUUCACCCAGCAUGGAAGGACCUAUCAAAACACGAUAUAGAAAUUUCCUUUAUACCAUUUGGAAAAGCAAUGAGUUUUGAUGAUGGCGACCACUUCGUAUGCCAACAUGGCGACGACGAAUGCUACAAAAACAAAAUCAUGUCAUGCGCACUAAACAAAAUUGACGAUAAGACCAAAAAAGUAGAAUAUUUAAGAUGUUCCAUGGACAUUUUUACCUCAAGAAGAAUACCUAGAAGACAAAAACAUGACGCCAGCAAACAAUGCGUCAAAAAUGCUGAUGUAGAAUGGCACGCUGUAGAAGAUUGUUUAAAGUCUGACCAAGGGAAAAAUCUUCAACUUCAAGCCGAAAAGGAAACGAUGGAAAUAAGUCCAUCAUUCAUUCCAACGAUAGUAUAUAACGGUGUUUUUAAUCAAACACUUCAAGACAGAAGCCUCUACAACUUUAAAAAGACUGCGUGUUCAUUUAUUUUUAAUGGAUGUUCUUGAAUAAGUAUACUUUUAAUUAAAAUUUAUACCUAAUUGUUUUUUUGUA